GUUGUUGGAAGAGGAGCCUUCGGUGUGGUCUGCAAGGCAAAAUGGCGAGCUAAAGAUGUAGCCAUUAAACAAAUAGAAAGUGAAUCUGAAAGAAAAGCCUUCAUUGUAGAGCUUCGACAACUGUCACGAGUAAACCAUCCCAAUAUUGUCAAGUUAUAUGGAGCCUGUCUAAACCCAGUAUGUCUUGUUAUGGAGUAUGCUGAAGGAGGUUCUCUAUACAAUGUUUGUGCCUUUGUUUUGCAGUGCUACAUGGUGCUGAACCUCUGCCUCAUUAUACUGCUGCACAUGCAAUGAGUUGGUGUUUACAGUGUUCCCAAGGAGUGGCGUAUCUCCACAGUAUGAAACCAAAGGCUCUAAUUCACAGAGACCUGAAGCCACCGAACUUGCUCUUGGUAGCUGGGGGGACAGUUCUAAAAAUCUGUGAUUUUGGUACAGCCUGCGAUAUUCAAACACACAUGACCAACAAUAAGGGAAGUGCUGCUUGGAUGGCACCUGAAGUUUUUGAAGGUAGCAAUUACAGUGAAAAAUGUGAUGUUUUCAGUUGGGGUAUUAUUCUCUGGGAGGUAAUCACCCGUAGGAAACCUUUUGAUGAGAUUGGUGGUCCAGCUUUCCGCAUAAUGUGGGCGGUUCACAAUGGUACUCGGCCACCACUGAUCAAAAAUUUACCUAAACCGAUUGAGAGUUUAAUGACCCGUUGUUGGUCCAAGGAUCCUUCACAACGACCAUCCAUGGAGGAAAUUGUCAAAAUAAUGACACAUUUGAUGCGGUACUUUCCAGGAGCUGAUGAACCUCUGCAGUAUCCUUGCCAGUAUUCAGAUGAAGGCCAAAGCAACUCUGCUACUAGUACAGGUUCGUUCAUGGACAUAACUUCCACAAACACAAGUAACAAGAGUGAUGCUAACAUAGAACCAAGUGACUUUCAAGGAACUUCUACCAAUGACACUAUUAAACGUUUAGAAUCAAAAUUGGCACAGCAAAUGAAAAAUACAGCUAAGCAGCCGGGUGAUCCUGGCCGUUUGAGUUUACCCCCCUCUCGUGGGAGCAGUGUGGAGAGCUUGUCAGAUGUUCGCGGGCGACCGCAGUCAGCCCUUGUUUCCGGAGAAGCCAAAAGGAUGAGUGCUGACAUGUCUGAAAUAGAAGCAAGAAUAGCUUCCACUACAGCCUAUUCCAAGCCUAAACGAGGCCACCGUAAAACUGCUUCAUUUGGCAACAUUCUGGAUGUCCCUGAGAUCAUCAUACCAGCAGGAAACGGACAGCAGAGGCGCAGAUCCAUUCAAGAUCUCAGUGUUGCUGGAACAGAAUCCAGUCAGGAGAGUAGAAACAGCAGUAGGUCAUCUAGUCCUAGUGUGAGAAUGAUCACUACCUCGGGACCAACCUCUGAAAAGCCAACUCGUAACCCAUGGACACCUGAUGAUGCAGCUGCUCUUGGAGAUAGCGUAGUCUUUGAGGGCAACACCUUAGUUUGUCUACCACGACUACUGUGUGGCAGGUGCUUUUGGGGUAUGGAGACCAAUGGGUCAGAUAACUCCAUCCCAAUGGCAUAUCUUACAUUAGAUCAUCAGUUACAGCCUCUAGCACCGUGCCCAAACUCCAAAGAAUCUAUGGCUGUGUUUGAGCAGCACUGUAAAAUGGCGCAAGAGUAUAUGAAAGUUCAGACAGAAAUUGCAUUACUGUUGCAGAGAAAACAGGAACUAAUAGCGGAACUGGACCAGGAUGAAAAAGACCAGCAAAAUACAUCCCGUCUGGUACAAGAACAUAAAAAGCUGUUAGAUGAAAACAAAAGUCUCUCAACUUACUAUCAGCAAUGCAAAAAACAAUUAGAGGUCAUCAGAAAUCAGCAACAGAAACGGCCAGGCACAUCAUGAUUCCCUGGGACCUUUCGAAUGAAAAAUAUGCACAGAAAAGACUGACUUUUUUUAUUAUCCUUUAUUAUGACAACUCAUGAGUGUUAGCUUCUUGGUGUGGUCUGUAUUUGUCUGCUACACUUAUAACAUCAUUUAAUUUUCCUUUUCCUAUGGUAGACAUUCAGUUCAACAGGUUAAUCAAAUAAGGAGAGAAAACAAUGACAGUGACUUGAAUCAACAGCCCUCAACUUAAAGCAAGUACAGUGAACAGUGGCUGUAUGCAUGCUCGUUGUGUGAAGGCUAGCCUAACAAGUGUUAAAGUGGCUGCUAAAUUGUAAGAUCUUGUAUUUAGAUUUUGGUGUUACCUCGAUAAGAGCAAAACAAAAACUUUCCUGUUUAAGAAUGGUUUUGUUCUAGUGUCUCAUCUCAAACAGAUUUACAAUAGCAGUUAUUUUCAGGAUUUAAACAUGCACCAAGCUGCAAAGAUGAUGUUGGCUGACCAGAGUAAUUCAUGAUGCAUUAGUGAUGCCUUUUACCUGUAGACUUAGCGUAUUUUUUUCCCACAUGCAAAAUGGUAGUCAAACUGAUGCCAACACCCUUGGUUCAGUGCUUGAUAGCCCUGCAUUUUGACUAAUAUGUUUCUUGUAAUCUUGCAUUCAUAAAAUAUUUGAAGUAAAA